AGUGCGGGCGCGUUCCGGGCAUAAGCGGUGGGCGCAUAAAGAGGGCGUGGGGUGCUGUGGUCGUUGCUUGUUGUGAUUGCCGUGUUCGGUAUUUACAUCUGGGUAUUCAGUAAUUUGCUAGUAUGUCGCUUGAACGUGUUGACUCGGUGGAUCCGGGCGAGGUGUAUGAUUAUAUCAUUUGCGGUGGAGGCACGUCGGGCUGCGUGAUUGCCGGGCGGCUGGCGGAGGACAUCGAUGCGAAGAUCCUGGUCCUCGAGGCCGGGCCUGAUAAUGCGGAUCUCGAGAACGUGCACAUGGCGGGCGGGUGGAGCAAGAACUUCGACAGCGAGACGGACUGGAAUAUCGUCACUGAGAAGAUGGGCAGUGUCAAUGAUCGGCAGGUCAAUGUCAGCCGUGGCCGCUUCCUAGGUGGCUCUAGUGGUGUCAAUGGGACAUUGUGUAUUCGCGGAAUGAAGCAGGACUAUGACGAUUGGGGCAUGGAAGAGUGGACAGGCGAGAAGAUGUACGGAUACAUGGCGAAGGCUGAGACAAUGCACGAGAAAGACUGGCACAAGGCAGAUAUGUCAGUCCACGGAACCUCUGGCCCUCUACAUAUCGAGCCACACGAUCUCGCGCCAAUCUCGGAGCGUGUCAAAGAGAGCAUGAUUGACAUGGGUCUUCCCUACCACCCUGACAUGUUCUCAACCGGCGAGACACCCCAUGGAUGUGGUGACGUGCCUCGCACCGUACACCAAGGUAUCCGCAGUACGGCGGCAGACUUCGUCACUAAAAGCUACAAGAGAGCCAAUAUCACCAUCAAGACUGAAGUAGUCGUUGACAAGAUCAUCUUCUCUGACGAAGACGGUGAGCCCGUUGCCAAAGGGGUGGCUACGAUCUCAAAGGCCGGGAAGAAGAUCGAGUAUCAGGCCAGGAAGGAAGUCAUCGUCUCAGCCGGCUCAUACUGCAGUCCAGCCAUUCUGAUGCGCUCGGGACUGGGGCCCAAGGGCGAGCUCGCUAAACACGGUAUCGAGUGCAGAGUCGACCUGCCCGGCGUAGGUCAGAACCUGCAAGAUCAUUGCCUCGUCUUCAUCUUUUACGAGGUCUCGGAACCUAACAUCACCAACGACUACCUCGCCUACCACGACAACGCCAUCGCGUCAACCUACCAACUCUACAAAGAAAAGAAGACCGGUCUUCUCAGCACGUUCCCUUUUGGCAUAUUCGGCUACGCACGUCUAGACGAGCGCCUCCAGGACUCCCCACUCUGGCGCGACGCUGCCCGCUCCGACGGCCGCGACCCCAUGGGUCUGCUCCCGAGCCAGCCGAACAUGGAGUUCUGGAACACCGAGCUCUACGGCGGGCCCAAGCAAUACGAGGACUUCCCCAUCGACGGCAAGCACACCUUCGCCAUGUGCAACCUGCUCUUCAACCAGCGCAGCCGCGGCUCCGUAAAGCUUGCGUCUGCAGACCCCGCCGCAAACCCCCUAGUUGACCACAACUACCUCGCCGACCCGCUGGACAUGCUCGUCAUGACCGAGGCGUGCCGCUUCGCCAACGAGACGGUGAUGCGCGGCGCGGGCACCAAGGGCGUGGUCAAGGGGAGUUGGCCCGCGGGACUGACGCACCACGAGAACGCGACGCGCGAGGACUGGGUGCCGCAUGUGAAGCAGCACGCGACGACAUGCUACCACCCCAGCAGCACCUGCGCAAUGGGCCCCGCGUCGUCGCCCACGGCGGUGCUGGACUCGCGCCUGCGUGUCCGCGGCGUUCGUGGACUGCGUGUUGCGGAUGUGUCGUCGAUUCCACGCGUCAAUAACGGGCAUACGCAGAUGGUGGCGUAUGGGAUUGGCGAGGGCGCGGCGGAGAUGCUCAAGGAGGAUGCGCUGGCGCAGCAGACGCAGUUUCUGAAGUUGAGUUCAUAGCGAGCGGGAGAGGUGGAGUUCCUCGCACUCUGUCGUAUACAUACUGCCCAGAACCCGUGAUCCACUAUCUUUUGAAUUCCAUCUCUUUAGAGUGGCGCAUGUCGCGCCAGUAUCGUGUACUCUACUGUUUUGUGGAUGCCUAUAAUCUAUGCGCUGGUUACAUACUGCAUAGAUAGAGUGCCUACAAAAAGCCAUUCUUUCAGUCAAGAUUGUCCCGUGUGAAUGCUUAAAGAUCAAGCAGCUAAUAACGAGACGACAUACUGCACAGGUAAGCAGGAGAGAACUCGGUCGUAGGUACUCAGGCUUUCGUCUCAAUUCAGGCCUGCCCUAGCGCAGAUAUGCAAAAGACCAU